GAAAAACGAAUGCUCCCGCCUCCCCCCCUUGGAGGCGCCACACAGAAUUGCUCGUUCUCAGAAUGGCUGCUGCUCCUCAGUGGGCUGAGGCUGCGUGUUGUUCUUUUGAAGCACCAGAGGCUAGGCACAGGAUCCUGUCAGCAGCAGUGACAGCGAAGCCUAGCCAAGAAAAGCAAGUGGGUGGCCUCAUUCCUUUUGAGAACAAUAGGAAAUGGCAACCAUUUCUGGGUAAAACAAAAGCUUACUGUGAAGCAGACAGACGUUGGAGGCUCAGUACCAUGGUGCUGAAGAAGAGACUUUUCCUUAGGAAAAACAAAUUACAGAAAUUGCCCAUGAAUCUACUUAAAAUCUCUGUCGCCUGAAAAUAAAUAAAUUAAAAAAAACACUCAUGCUCUGCAUGAGAUUCUGUGAGUUUUAACAAAAAGGGUAGUGUAAAAGUUUCCAUGGCAUGUUCUGCCAGGCAGAACAAUGAGAUAUGUUUCAGGCCUCUAAAUUUCCUCAAGAACCUGUUUUCGAGCAAUGUCACCUUAGAAGCUAAUUCGUGAAUAUGAUUGAGUCCUCAUGCUUUUUUUUCUGUAUACAAACUGCAGCAACUGAUACGAGGCUGUACUGAAAUCCUCCUGUAUGAGCCAGGGCAUCAGGCUAAGCGUAAAAUUUGAUUUUAACUGCUAAGCUGAGAAGGCUCCUUCACACUAGUCUCGCUUGGUGUUUGUCUUUCGUUGUUUGUUGUUUUUUGUUUUUUUUUAAGCUUGUAAGUUGCCUCUUAAAAACAAAGCGACUGCUGCCUUUUCUUGGUGUGAUUGAGGGAAAACCGAGAGGCUUUUGAGGGUGGGGGGAAGCUGGAUCCCACCAAACUCCUCUGCCCAGGCGCAGCACUGGUCAAGUGGUUGGAUGCAGGGGGAUACUUUGCGCUGAUUUCCUUUCACCCAAUUGUGCUUUGUGGGAUGUUCAACCCAAGGAACAUGGCUGAACGAAAGAGGAAGCCCAAGUUUUCCAAGGAAGAACUGGACAUUCUGGUCACUGAGGUGACCCGCAAUGAAGCCAUGCUGUUUGGGAGGGAGACAAUGCGUCUAUCCCAUGCUGACAGGGACAAGAUCUGGGAAGACAUAGCCAGGCAGAUCACAUCAGUGAGCCAGGUCCCCAGGUCUGUAAAAGACAUUAAACACAGAUGGGACGACAUGAAGAGAAGGACCAAGGACAAACUGGCAUUCAUGCAGAGGUCCCUCUCUAGCCCCACCAGCAAGGGGCGGCCCUCGGCCAUCGUCCUGACCGCCCACGAGAGAGCCAUCGAGUCAACGCUGCAUUCAUCACGCCAGAUGCACGGCUUCCGGAGAGCGGAUCUGGACGUGGUUGACAGCCCGUCAACGAGCUCUGACGAAGAUGAAGAGAUGCCAGGCACUUCUCGGGAACACUGCUCCUCCUCGCUGAAGAGGGCCAGUGCAGGAGUCAGCCAGCUCUCUGGGCCCUCCUUCCUCCACACCUCUUCCUCGUCGGAGCACUCAGAAGCUAUCAGCCAAAGGCAGGAAUUGCACCGUCCAUCACCACGCACCUCCUCGUCCUGCAGACCCCCACACCCCCGCACAAGGAGCCCGCCCCUCUCCAGCUUCGAUCGCCAGCUUCUUCAUUCGCACUCGCAGCAAACAGAGCUGUUCAGGCAGUUCUGCCAGGAGCUGGUGGCUAUUCACAGGGACAUGGCAGAGAGCAUGCAUGUCAUCGGCCAGAAGAUGGCUGACCUCACCAGCCAGGUUGGCCAGAUGUGCCAAACCCUAUCAGAAAUCCGUGAUGGGGUCCAGGCUUUCCAUAGGAUACAGGGUCCUAGUGUCAUACAGGGGUCUCUUCUGCAAGCAGCUUGCACAAAACCAGCCCCUGAGCCCAGUGCAGAGUCUAACCAAACCCCCUCAAAACAGACUCCUCCUGCACGGACUACCAGGUCACGAAAGAGAAAACACCAUUUUUAGUCUGCUUCAUAUAAAGAAGGGUGCCCUGUCCUGAGCUGCUGCAUGCUCACAUGGCCUCUACAUGUGUAUUAGUACUAUGUGGGGAAGGUCAACAGCCACCCCGUCCCCCAGCUAACAUCUAACAAAGCACUGUGAAUUAUGGCAGCUGAAUAGUAGUGCUGUCCCUCUGCAGUGGCAAAGAGGAAUCUCAGACCUUAUAGAGCUUGGGAUGUAGGGCAUCUUUCUAUUCAUAGAGAUUAGGAGAUUUUGCUGUUUUCCCCAUGCUUUAAAUGCUCUGUAAGCUAAGAGAUAAAGUAGGGAAUCAUUAUCUUGAUCUCUUUUUGUGCCUGUGAAACUUUAUUUAUGGAGGCAGUGUCCUAGAGAGCUCCCUUUGCAAUCAACCCACAAAUUUACCCUGAUACUGCCUUCCCAUCAUCUUCCUGUGAAUUAGUGUAUGCACUCGGCAGAGUCUUAACUAACGGAUGCAUCCUUAGAACUCUAAAGAUUUAUUGCUCAUUAUUUUUAUCUUGUGUUCAGCAAUAAUGGGCAAUUCAGGGCUUACUGUGACUGUUAGGCAUAGGUUUGGGGAAAGGUAUAUAAAAGCAGAGCAUAUGCAGGGAAGGGAAGAAAGCACAAAGCUGAGAGAACCUUCUGCCAUCAGAACGACAGGAGAGAAGAUCUGAGCUCUGUGUGGCAUUAGACUGCUGAGAAGGGCUGCUAUGGCAUGUGCCUGGAUGCUGCAAUACCACGUGCAUUUAUAUCAAAUAGUUUAAUCUCUGUCUCCUCAAGUCUUUCUGAAACCCUGACCUACCUUUCACAAUUGCACUUAAAAUACGGUUAUUUCGUAAUAUGACAGCUCUUAAAAUUGUAUCAUAUUAUUUUCUUGCAUGUUGUAAUCUUUAGUUUUGAAUCACCUCUCCCUCCUCAAAAUGUGAGACUGCACAGAAACAAGGGAAGAUACAGGGCCUGCUUCUGACCUCAAGAAACAAUUUGGUUUUGUGUCACUGUAACUCUGUCAACUUCAGUACAGUUACUUUGGACAUGCUCAGUAUUACUUAGGGUAGAAUCUGUACUGUGUUCUCCUGCCAUGAAGAGUUUACAACCUCAAUUCCCAGCUGUACAGUUUAAGUUCUUAAACAUGUUGGUUUUAUACUGCUUCCUUUCCCCUUAGAGAUGCAAGAAAGAACUGUUAAAACAUUUUAAUUGCUUUAGUGCUGCAUGAGGUUUCCGUGUACAAUCCCAAUUCCUAAACUAGUCUUUAAUAAUGUCACCUCAGGUGGUGAUAACAUAUGUGGCAGCUUUUUACAGCAUCUCUGUUUUCUGCUUGAUUUGCACGUCUGCACCUACUGUGCUGCCCCCAUCUCUGGAUAAAUCUGGACCAUUAUCGUGUCGUGCCUCAGCAGGGAAGAGGGCCAAGGUGUUAUCCACACACAGUUAGCACACCACUGCUCUCUGGGCUGUUCUAUUGUGGGGAAAGGUGGGUUGCUGAAAACUAUUCAAGUUAACAUGAAUGCCCAUCAUCACAUAACAUGUGGGCUACAGGCUUAGCCAAAAAGCUGUAUAAAUUUCAGCAGGAAUGGAACAUUGGCAGAAGGAUAGCUCAGAAUAGCAGAAGGAUGGCUCAUUUUAUGUCUUCUUGAAGGGUCUUCUUCAGUCUAUUGGCCUAUCCUUUGAAAGCAUAGUAUGUCUCCUGUGUCAGGCAUUCCUGAUGUUCUUUUCCUUUUUUCUUCUUAAUUGUUCUGUAAUCCUAAUUCGAGUAAUUUAUUUUUAGUGGUUUGGUAAGAGGCCCUUGCUCAAGGAAGUAGAGGUCUGGUAAAAAAGACCUCCUUUCUUCUGAGGAAUGACCCACUUUGGUUUCAUGCAAAGGAAGUUCCUCAUAGUGCUGGCGCCAGACCAGGGCACUUACCUUCCUGUGAGGAUGUCCUUUUACUUCUGUUGUACCGUUUGUGUUCUGCAAAAGUCACAGUCUCUCUUCAGUUGAAGGGAAGAUUGGGGAAAGUGGUGUAAGUGGAUCUAAUAAUAUGAAUCACAGAGAAAUGAAAAAUGGUGAUAUGUUUUAAAGGCUUUCUGAGUCAAUACAGUGCUGCUGCUAUAAAUUAGAGGUAGUAUUUUAUAUUUUUAUAAUAAUUUGUCCCUGCUGAUGUUCUCCCAUGGAUAUACUGAUAGGAUUAGUUCCUUUGAUGUUGUCUGGGGGGAUUCCAUGCAGGAACCCUCAGGUCAGCAGAGGAGGUGGCUCCCACCAGUGCUGAGCGCUGGAGGGAGUUAAGGGUGCUGUUGGCAUCAUCGCUGCCAACAGUUUGCCUGCACAGAUGCCUUGAGAGAGAGAGAACCCCUUGUUCUUGCACAGGAAUUGCAACCUUCAUACAGCCCCCCAGAGGCUGGGCUGUGGUCUGGAGAAGGGACCUUGUACUAUGGACUGACUGAGUUCUCCCCCAGUUUCCUCUGUGGACUAUUACAGAUGGGCCCAGCUCUGGGGACCUGUUGCCUGCCCUGUGUAGACCCCUUGGUGGAAUGGCUUUUCUGUACUGGCUCGCACAGGAUACUUCCUCCUGCACACAGCAUGUUAGCUGGCUGUUGAAGUAAGUGCCCGUGUUAAAGCAAACUGCUGUGCUCAGCCCCACUGUCUCCGUGUCUUGUCCAUGCUGAAAAAUCCUCUCUCUCAAAAGUAUUUUUGUUAAGAUUGCAAUAAAUAUAUAACACUUUUAACACA